UCCCCGUUUUUUUUUUUUUUUUUUGUUUUGUGUUAGUUUAGUCUUUUCUCUUCUCCAAACCUGAAAAGUUUGGAUAUUUACUCUCCCUGUUCACUAGUGAAUAAACUGUAAGAUUGUUAUCAUCUGUUCUUUUUUUUACGUGUCAGUCAUGUCAAAUUAUUACCAACCACAACCUGUAGCUCAGGUACAACAGCAACAACAACAACAACAACAACAACAGCAACAACCUACUCUUUUAGAAUAUAUCUCUGACCUUGUAUCGAAACGAGUCUCGACCAUCCAAUACCUCUCUCAAACACAUCAUGGCAAUACUCACUGGUUCAAUACUAUAUUACUGACAAAAGAUGAUCUUGAAGAUAUGUAUCCAAAUUCUAAAAUGAUGAAAAGGUCGUGCAAUUUUUACACACUUGGUGUAUCACUUGGUAACCUACUUGAUAUCAAUAAUCCGAUCGAUUUCGUUAAAGCACUGGCACAGCUUCUCACUGAAUUUGAACAUCAUACAAACGAUACAUCACGACAGAAAAUGAAAAACAUCUUUAGGAAAACCAAAAUCAAGGAUGAUGCAAGUUAUCAAGAAAAUAAUGGAGAAUAUGUUCAUUUGAUUAUACCACACGUCCCUUAUGAACUCGAUUAUUUUGAAAUCUUUUUUACGCUUUGCGAUAUACUGACAGACAUAUAUCAAAAGUUUGUGAUGGACAUGGAAGGAUCUCAAUGUACGCAAUCCUAUUUUGAGCUGGCACUCAAAAGUGAUAGUAAAUUCAAGAAAAUUUUCUCUAUGAUCACUAAAGAACUGGACGCUUUAGCAAGAAAUGCCAUCAAGGAUGAAUUGAAAUUGAUUGAUCCACUCUCCUUUUCCAACAAAGUAACACCCAUUGACUUUGAAGGCACUGAAUGAUUCUUCCAUAUACAUUAUAGUUAGAUUCUCUACCAGUGAUACCGAAAUAAAUACAUAUCAUUUUAAUCUCAUUUAAUAUAUAUCAAGAAGACUUUUU